CUCUCUUUAAAUGCAUACUCCCCGCCACACACACACAGAAAUGGAGGCUGUGAGCACGGUCAAGAUCAUUCUCGGUCUGGAAAUCAGUCUGAUUCUGUUUUAUGUCGGUGCUGCAGGCGACUGUACGAUCUCUGUCUCUCAACCAUCUGUCCUCGAAGUGGACUACACUCAAGUGGCUGUGACCAUGCUCUGCACCUUCUCCACAGCGGGGUGCCCCCACAAGCAACCCAACAACCUGUGGUUUCGCUAUGGGAAUCACCAGCCAGAGACCCUCUGCUUGGAUGGGUGCACAAGCAAGGCAGACAAAUUUAUAGUGAGGAAGGACCUGGCACAAAACCAGGUAUCCCUCACAGUCAACAGGCUGACGUCCAAUGACAGUGCCAUCUACAUCUGUGGAAUAGCCUUUCCCAGUUCACAGGACCCAAGGGCCAAGCAAACCGGAGCUGGGACUGUGCUGGUGGUGAGAGAAAUGAAAGGUCUAGGCAAGGAACUACAGGGUCUCCUGAUAGCUCUGUUAUCACUGCUCUCCAUCUAUGUUGCUGGUGUACUGGUGAUCUUCAUCAUCCUCUCCAAAUCAAAAUCUAAUACUCUAAGAAGCAAAGAAACAGAAGACUCACAAAAGAAAAAGAGUGCUAGGCGUAUUUUCCAGGAAAUUGCUCAAGAACUUUAUAAUAAGAAACACAUGGGAACAAGCCAACAACCUGAGAAAGACAACACUUAUGAAAACAGAAGAGCACUUGACAACUAUGAAAAACCAUAGAAAUGGUUUAAUUUUCAAUUAAGUCCUGAAAAUUCAGAAGUUAAUGGGCAUACACCCAUCAGGGCUUUAAAAAUAUAAUCAAAGAUAAAUGGAAAAGACAACUGGCUACAAGUAAGAAUGCUGAAAUACAAGGAAACUACAACUAAUGAUAAUUACCAAAAUUCUAAAACGAAAUCAAACUGUAAAUACUACCCUAAAUCACUAAAAGAAUUCUAAGCACUUUAACAUUUUCAAAAAAAUUCUGUUUUUAUAACAUGCAUCCUCUAUUUUAUUCAA